AUGGAAGAAGGUGAUGAAACUGUACCUAUAGUUACUAAUUCCCAUGACCCCUUUAAUGCAGUUUCGAUUAAUAAAUUGCGUGCACCAACCGAUUACCAAUUAAUUGAUGAAAUUGAUCAAUUCAUGGGCAUUUGGUUCGGAAACCGGACAUUACGAGCAAGUUUGAACCGACUGGAUCAACAGGCCUUUGGAAACAUGCGACCAGCAAACAAUGAGAUAAAUGAGACUACCAGAAAUGCAGAAACAUUAUUGGACUCCUGGUUACCAGAUAAUUUCAAAGCAUGGGUUGAUUUCAUUUACCCUGUAGCAUUGACUACCGUGGUCUCUACAAACGGGACAAAUGAGGACGCACUUGAUCGAGAGUUGGCUUUUCCCAGCUAUGUACUUAGUACACAUCAUGGACAAUUUUGUGUAAUGAUUCCUCGACGUGAGAUGUAUAAUGAUCAAUUUCCAGACUUAGCAUGUCACUUACACCACCUAAAUGAAGGGAUAAAUCAUCAAGAAUGUCGUAGAAAUCUAACACACCAUGAUUAUGAGCAACAAUGCGCUGGUCAAAGGAUUUUCAGUUUUACCGAACAAGAACAACAAUUAAUUCUUAAUCCUGAGAACGGUGUUAUUAUGUGUGGUGAUUGUGGUUCAUUGGAAACAUGGGGUGAGUCAGGGCCUCAUAAUGCUCCAGGCAUUAGACAACAAUGCAAGAACCAACACCAAAUUCAAACUGUUACUCAACUCAACGAGAUAAAAAUUGAAGAAUAUCUCUUACCUAGGUCUGGGAUGCGACUUGGGGCCGAUCACCUUCCUCACUUUAUAUUCACCAUAUAG